CCCAUCCAUCUCUUCGACUCUGCCAGCUAGUGGCGGCCGCUGCUUCGCGCUGCGCUGCGCUGCGUUGUGGUGGUCGUUGGUGGGUCAGGCUUUAACUGGUCCCCUCACCACCAGCACGCUACCUAGGAUAGACAUCGACACACACAUAAAACGCCAGGUGGGGGAACAGGGUUUCAAUUCGUUGCCAUUGCCGUCAUGGCUUCAACUUCACAGUCCCCAUCGCUCCCCGGAGUGCGUGCCGACAACAUGAGCACAUCAUCACAGAAAGAUGCAGGCAGCUCGACGCUUCCCAUCCGAUCCUCUAAUCCCUUGUCUGCCAAAGUGGCCUCAUUGCUAUCAGCCUCGUAUUCCGAUGCUGGCUUCAAAGAGACACUCGAGUUAAUUGAUGAGCGCAGCAUACCAAUUGACGCCAAGGGCAGGCGGACGUUCCAGUUGGACCUCCAUAAAGAGAUUAUAGACCAGAACGGCCAAGUCUUGGAUGAGUUUCGGAACGUGACAGAGCAAAUGCGUCAUAUUCAGACUGCUCUCACGGCGCUGAAUACAAAAUAUCAGCAAAUGAAGACUCACUCAACCGCAGCUCACAAAGAAACUCGUGGUACACUAGAGGAAUCGUCGACAUUAUUACAAAACCACAAAGAUAGCAAGGCUAAGCAAGCCACCCUCGACGCUCUCCGGGCACACUUUAUUCUAUCAGAUGCCGACAUACAAACCCUCACUUCUAUAGCCGAAGACAUUGACGAACAGUUCUUUGCUGCCUUUGCCAAAGCCAAGAAGAUUAGCAAAGAUUGUGAGAGAUGGCUGGGAUUUGAAGCUCAAACGCUAGGGCUAGAGCUCAUGGCCCAACUGUCGAAAACAAUAAACCUGGCGUACCAGAAGCUGUACCGGUGGACACAAAAAGAAAUGGGAACGAUUAACGUUGAGAACCCGCAAAUGCGCACAGAAAUGCGACUGGCGCUGCGGACACUAUCGGAACGACCGUCGUUGUUUCAAAGCUGCCUCAGUUCAUUUGCAGAUGCGAGACAACGGAUUCUGGGCGACGCCUUUCACGAAGCUCUAACAGGCUCAUUACCCAACGGCAAGGAGAGCACUGGCGUGAAGCCCAUCGACAUGACCGCACACGACCCGCUACGUUACGCCGGUGACAUGCUGGCAUGGAUACACUCUGCCACCGUGGGAGAACGAGAGAUUCUAGAUGCGUUCUUCACGGUUGAUGGCGAUGCUGUCGACGCUGAGGCCAAGGGUGCCAGCUACAUGCAAGUUUGGAACUUUACAAACGACGAAUCACCAGACGGGGAUAUCCCAAGCCCAGCUCAGCUGCUGAACAACUUGGUAGACAGGGCCAUUUCCAGCGCAGCUCGUCUCCUCAGACAACGCGUUGAGCAGGUGAUCCAAGGCAACGAAGAUGUCAUUGUUUCGUACAAUAUUUGCAGCUUAGUCGGGUUCUACCGGGACACCUUUGAGAAUCUUGUAGGCCGAGCUGGCGCACUGUUCGAAUGCAUGGACAACUUAUCAACAGAAGCUACGAGACAAUUCCGAGGACUGCUCCGUGACCGAGUUACAAGCCUACGGUCAGAGGUACCCCAGACACCUACUGAUUUGCGACCACCCCCGUUCCUUCUAGAUUCGCUGAAGUAUCUAGAAGCCAUCGCCAAGACACACGAGAGCUCUCUCAGCACAGCUCCAGCCGCAUCCUCCGAGUUUGACGAAAUCCUAGCCGAGGCCUUUGAGCCAUUCUUAAAUGGAUGCAAAGACAUGACCAAGAUACUGGAGAUGCCAGAUCGCUUGAUAUUCCUCAUCAACUGCCAGCGUGCGUGCCUGACCUGUCUUGGCUCCUUUGCCGUCGCCAAAAGCAUGACCGAGUCGGUUUCGGCAGAAAUGAAUGAGAAAACGGCUGAGCUAGCGACGGAGCAACAUCAAUUCCUGAUCGGUGCAUCUGGACUAGGAGACGUAUUAAACAUUAUUCAAAACCAAGCCACAGAUUCUGGGCGCCGCCUCGACUUGAAUGUCCUAGAGGCUGCCAGCCAUGCUCUGGACCAGUUCCUGCCUUCGGCCAAUAUUGAUGCUAUGGAACGGUUGUCUCUUUUGGAGGAUUCGACACUGGCUAGAAAGAUUACGGGAACUGCAGUGGCGCAAUUCUGCUCCGAUUUCGAUGACUUGGAGGCUAGACUGCUGCAGUUGGAGGAGUCUAGAGGGGAUCUUGAUUUACGGACCGUGUUUCCGAGAACGGGAGCCGAGAUCCGGGUGCUGCUUUCAUGAUAAAACAAAAGUAACAAUUUUACAUUACAAUAGACAUAUACAUGCACUAGUGAACACAGUUUUGUAUACUAUUAUAUUCCCAUCCGC